AUGGCAGAAAGAAUACUACAAGAUAUAGCUGAACAAGAAAAGCGUCUUACAUUAGCGCAGAUCAAUAAGAACAGGAAAGAGGAAGCAGAAGCCUACUACAAUCUAAGCAAAGCUUAUUGCUCCAUCAAGGACUUCCAUCGAGCAAUAGAGUACGCCAAACAAUGCCUGAGCAUUGCUGAGGAAGUCGGUAACAGAGCAGGUGCGGGACGUGCCUAUAGAAUUCUCGGCUGUGCUUACCUAUUAGAAGGUGACUCCCAAAGAGCAAUAGAGUACCACAAUCAAGACCUCAGGAUUGCCAAGGAAGUUGGUGACAGGGCAGGUGAAGGACAUGCCGUUCACUUUCUCGGCUUUGCUUAUCACAGCCUUAAAGAAUUCCAAAGAGCAAUAGAGUACAACAAUAAACACCUCAUCAUUGCCAAGGAAGUUGGUGACAGGGCAGGUGAAAAACUUGCCUAUGCCAACCUCGGCAUUGCUUAUGACGGCCUUGAAGAAUUCCAACGAGCAAUAGAGUACCACAAUCAGCACCUCAGCAUUGCCAAGGAAGUUGGUGACAGGGUAGGUGAAGGACAUGCCUAUUACUUUCUCGGCCUUGUUUAUCACAGCCUUAAAGAAUUCCAAAGAGUAAUAGAGUACAACAAUAAACACCUCAUCAUUGCCAAGGAAGUUGAUGACAGGGCAGGUGAAAAACGUGCCUAUGCCAACCUCGGCAGUGCUUAUGACAGCCUUGAAGAAUUCCAACGAGCAAUAGAGUACCACAAUCAGCACCUCAGCAUUGCCAAGGAAGUUGGUGACAGGGCAUGUGAAGGAUGUGCCUAUCAGCAUAUCGGCCAUGCUUAUCACAGCCUUAAAGAAUUCCAACGAGCAAUUGAGCACUACAAUCAACACCUCAGAAUUGCCAAGGACAUUGGUGACAGGGCAGGUGAAGGACAUGCCUAUUACUUUCUCGGCCUUGCUUAUGACAGCCUUGAAGAAUUCCAAAGAGCAAUAGAGUACAACAAUAAACACCUCAUCAUUGCCAAGGAAGUUGGUGACAGGGCAGGUGAAAAACGUGCCUAUGCCAACCUCGGCAGUGCUUAUGACAGCCUUGAAGAAUUCCAACGAGCAAUAGAGUACCACAAUCAGCACCUCAGCAUUGCCAAGGAAGUUGGUGACAGGGCAGGUGAAGGAUGUGCCUAUCGCCAUCUCGGCCGUGCUUAUCACAGCCUUAAAGAAUUCCAACGAGCAAUUGAGCACUACAUUCAACACCUCAGAAUUGCCAAGGACAUUGGUGACAGGGUAGGAGAAGGAUGUACCUAUGGCAGUCUCGGCGCUAUUUAUCACAGCCUUGAAGAAUUCCAACAAGCAAUAGAGUACCACCAUCAAAGUCUCAGCAUUGCCAGGGAAGUUAGUAACAGGGCAUGGGAAGCCACAGCCUAUUUCAAUCUCGGCACUACUUAUCACAGCCUUAAUGAAUUCCAACGAGCAAUAGAGUACAACAAUAAAUACCUCAUCAUUGCCGGGGAAGUUGGUGACAGGGAAACGCAAGGGGAAAGCUAUCGCAAGCUCGGCGCGACUUAUUUACGUCUCGGCGAAUACCAACGAGCAAUAGAGUACACCAAUAAAUACCUCAACAUUGCCAAGGAAGAGGGUAACAGGGCAUGGGAAGGCAAAGCCUAUUCCAAUCUCGGCGCUGCUUAUAACAGCCUUGAAGAAUUCCAACAAGCAAUGAAGUGCCACGAGAAACAACUGAGAAUUGCCAAGGAAGUCGGCGACAGAAAAGAAAAAGGAGAUGCCUAUUUAAACAUCGGCGACGUUCAUAGAUCCCUCGGCAACGUGCCACGAGCAAUGGAGUACUACAAGCAAGGCCUGAGCAAUGCCGAGGAAAUCGGUGACAGGAAGCAACAAGGACGUGCCUAUUGCCGCCUCGCAGGUUGUUAUAGAAAUCUCCACGACUUGAAGGAAGCAAUAGAGUGUUGCAAGCAACGCCUAAGCAUUGCUGAGGAAAUCGGUAACAGGAUGGAAGAAGCAUGUGCACAUUCAGGUCUGGGUCACUCUUUAUGGGAGUCACAUUCUUGGAAUGAGGCUUUAGAACAUUUUAGAUGCUGUGUUGAAAUCUAUGACACUAUUAGAGCCAAUUCUAUCUCGGAAGAUCAAUUGAAAAUAAGUUUCUGUACGCGGCAUCAUCAUCAAUGUGACUAUACUCAUUUAUGGCAAGGUUUAGUAAUGCUUCAAAGAUAUAGUGAGGCUUUAUACACUGCUGAGAGGGGACGGGCACAGGCUUUGCUCGAUGCCUUAAAAGUAACUUAUGGCCUUACAUCACUUUCUCCCAGCUCAAUUGUAUCUGAAGAAGAAGUCACAAAUAUUUCAAAGAAGACAACUGUGUUAACAGUUUUUCUUGCCCUACAAGAGAACACACUCUAUAUGUGGGUAUUGCGAAAAGGGAGCAACCCUAUCUUUAAGCUAUUGACGUUACCAGCAAUUGGAAGUGAGCACGAAGAUUCCUUUUCUCUCCUUUUAGACUUUGUUCUGGGAUGUAUUGGGGCUGGCGUUGGUAUCAGGUGCGAAAAUCGGUCAAUGGAUAAGCUGAAUACAACAACUUCAACUACUCGAGAUGAACAUCAAACAUCGGAGCCAUCACAAGAGAGCACCGACCUUUUACAGCCAUUAUAUGAUGCAGUUCUUGGUCCCAUUGAAGACUUGCUUGAUGGUGAUGAACUAAUUGUAGUUCCUGAUGGCGCUUUGUCUAAAGCUCCUUGGACAGCCCUGAGUGAAACUCUAAGGAUCCGCACUGUUCCCUCACUGACAAGUUUGAAAGUCAUCACAGAUUCUCCAAUUGAAUACCACAGUAAAAGUGGAGCCCUGCUUGUUGGAGAUCCAUGCUUGAAGAAAAUUACAGAUAAACCGGGGAACCCCAUUUAUGAUCCUCUGAAGUACGCAAGAAUGGAAGUGGAGAUGAUUGGAGAAAUUCUAAAGAGUCAAACUUUAACAGGUGAAGAUGCAACCAAAAAAGCGGUACUUCAGAGAAUCGCGUCAGUUGCUUUGGUUCACAUCGCAGCCCACGGAAGGAAGGAAACUGGAGAAAUU